CAUCCCUAGCCGAUCUUGCGGAUCCAUCCCCUCGGCCGCAGGCGCCGCCGUCCCCUGCGGCAACCCCCUCCCCGCUUCCCCGCCGCCCACCACCAUUCUACCCCGUGCCAUCCCCUGCGACAGCCUCCCUACCCAACCUGCCGUCCUCCGCUGCCAUCCCCUGUGACAACCCCGACCCCCGGCCCUGCCGUCCGCCGCCGGCCACCACCUCUGCUGCCUGGGUAAUUAUGCCUGGCUGCGUUCCGGGGGAAAUAAUCUCGGGGCUGACGGAGGCGGGAGAAGAUUUGAUUUCCUUGUGCAAUCGGGGAAGAGAGGAGGCCGAUUUCGGAUUGUGCGGCGAGGGCAGCCCAAAAGGAGUGAUUUUUAUUCGGAGUCUGUCUGUUGAGAAGUUGUAAUCCGGAUCCUCCUCCUUCUCAUCUGAAUAAUCUCCUCCCUUUUGGAGGAGAGCCGGCCGAGUCGGAGGAGGGGCCGCCUAUCGAUCUAAUAAAUUGGUGUCCCCGAUUUGUUUUUCGCCGGCGAUUAGUCUGCUUUGUUGCGGCGGUCUAAAUAAACAGAGGAGGAGAAGAGGUGAUUCGAAUAAGGCCAGCUCAGGCGUCCUCCGUUGUCACAGAUCCAAUAAGGUAGAUAUCCUAAGGCCAUUUGUUGAUCCUAUCAUCCAUGAGGAACAAAAGCGGUCGUCCCAGGAAAUCAGCUCUCCACGAAGCAGAUGCUGGCAACAAGAAUGGUGUUUGUACACAACCUAAGCUAAAUGCAAUGCAAAAAGCAACUCGCAACGAAGCCGCUGCUAGCAACGCAAGCGAAGACAGGCUUAGCAAGCUGCCCAAUGACCUUCUGCUCAACAUUCUGGAGAGGGUGGACACACUCGAUGCUAUAAGGACCUCUGUCCUCUCGAAGCGAAUGCUGAAGCUCCCCACCAUGCUCUCACAGUUCUUCCUAAGUAUUAGUUCCAUCAAAUAUGACCAUGAUAAAAUGCCCCAAAUCAACCGUGCCGUGGCUCAUGUAACUGAUAGCAUCUUGGGCACGAGGAACCCGGAAAUCACCAUCCGCAAUCUCAAAAUCAGAUUCAUUUUGAUGGAUCGUGACUCUCUCACCAUUGGAAGAUCUGUCGCCCACGCCAUGUCAACCCAGAAGGUUGAAGCAGCUGAGUUUGAGAUUAUAACGGAGAAGGCUUAUAGGAACUGCACUCCUGCCGAUCUCCGCCAGAAUGCUAAGCUGUUCAAUAAUUUUGUUGGUGCUUGUCCGGAUGCAUUUGCUGGCCUCAGGCGCCUGUGGCUGCGUAAUAUGAGGUUCGGUGAACAGGACAUCCCAAACAUCCUCAGCACUUGCAAGCUCUUGGAGUCUUUGCGUUUAAUCCAUUGCGACUCAGGGAUCCAUUCUGUGCUGCAAGUAGAACAUGCUCAACUUAUUGAGCUCGAGGUUGACCUUGGGAAAUUUGAGAGAGUUGAGUUGAUAUGUCUACCCAAACUCCAACGGGUGAGCUAUAAUAAUUGGUGCUCUUCUGAACAUCCUGUGUAUUUUGGUCUUGUACCACAGCUUUCAAGGCUGAGCCUCACUAAAGUUGGCGUCAGUUCUGAUAAGAUUCUUGAGUUAAGUCAGCUUCUUGCUGAUGUUCAUUCCAUAAGUGAUCUGCAUAUGGAUUUUCAAAGUGAAAAGAUUUGGGUUGUACCAGAAUGCCCGAAAAUGCUCAAGCCUGUGCUCAGCAAACUACAGCAUGUGAAUCUGGACAACCUUCCUGAAGGAUGUGAUUUAGCUUGGACAAUGUUUAUUAUUGAAGCUGCACCCUCCCUAAAAGAGCUGUGCAUUACAGUAUGGGAUCAUUGGUGCAUAAUGAUGACAAACAAAGAGUUCCGGAAGAAAUAUGGUUACUGCGAAAAGGCAGACGUGAAGUGGAAGCCAUAUGCUCCUGAUUUCAAGCACAAGAAUCUGGCUAAGCUCACCAUCUACGGCUUCCAACCCAACGACAAUUUUAAGCGAUACAUCAGGUGUGUUGUGGAACAUGCGGUUAAUAUAACAGAGAUAUCUCUGUACGACAGGAAGCUGUGUGGGCGCUGUGGUGACAAGGUUUAUCAAUCAAGAUAUCCACGGACUGCCGAGGAGAGGAAACGAACGGCUGAAGGGUUGGGUUUGACUUCGCCUGCUGUGAUUCACUUCCGGUCCUAACUGAAAAAUGAUUUGCAUGAUAUUCUUAUAUGUAGUUUGGAAAUCACCUCCUAUCAUCUUUAGUCGGAAGGAGUUCCUGAACUCCAUAAUUCUGUAGUUACCAAGUCUGUACUCUUGCUUUCCCUUCAAUGAAGUUUGUACUGUUACCUAAUUGAGGAAAUAUGUAUUAAGUUUGAAAAGUA